AUGGUCACGCCUUACAGACCACCUGUAUAUCUUCCUACUCCAAUCAUGAAUCAACCUAUCAUUUUUCCAGAACCAGUGGCCCCAACGGGAUGGUUACAAGGAUAUCCUUCCAGACCUGCUUAUCCUACUUAUCCAGUGUAUCCAUCAUAUUCUCCGGAACCAAUGAUUCCCAUCUAUCAGAUGCAGCCAGCUCCGACAACAAUAGUUAGAGAACGCUACUUACCAGCUCCCCACAUCCGUUGUCAUUCGUCACCAAGAUACCACAACGAUAUCUCUACACCUUCGACUAUCAUAAACAAAAUUACCAAUUCAACCCCGAUCCUAAAUACUUCACCACCCCCACCACCAAUGAGGCAUAUUCAGGUAAAUCAACGUAAUACCUACAGAUUCCCUCGCCCAUUGUCCAUACAUACGGUCCCCAUGCAACCUAUCAUCAAGCCUGCGAUGAAGACCAUGACCACCAUCAACAGAACUACGAGGAGAUCGACUCAUAGACUCAAUGGUCGUCAUUAG